AACAAACAUCUCGCAUUCUUUUAUGGAUCGAUGUCUACCAUUUUGACUGGUGCUGACGUGUAUAUAAACCUUGCAUUAAUCCUUCUUCCUCGGACAUCAUCCAGGACCAAAGCGCUUGUUGAGAAAGUUGACGAAGCAGCAUUACCGACCUGUUCGACUAACGUGGCUGUACCAAGCAUCACCAUGAGGAUCCUGUUUACUGUCCUUGUCUGGACAGCCGUUAUCCUAGGGCUGAGUCAAGCAAGUUACAUCUGCUACGGAGAGAAGGGGAAAGAUCUGUACCAGUUUUCCGGCGAGAAGAUCACCGUGGAAUUUCCCUGCAAGUACAACGCCAUCAGGUCGCAAGUGUGUGGCGGCUACAAGUUGACCAUCACCAAUGGCAACGCGUGGAAUGGAGUGCGCUACCUCGGCUUCUCCAGCUGGAUAAGUGUCACCAGGGUGUCAGACGGAAAGUUCUGGGAAGGCCGCACCGACCUCAAGGUGGCUGGCAAGUAUGUCAAAGACAUCCAAUGCACGAAUACCAGCGAUCAGUUGCCGUACAGCACAAAAGGCGGCAACAUCAACUUUGAGGAUCUCUUUGAUAUCAGCAUUGCAGCUGAUCAUCUAUCUCUUACCAUCACAGAGAAAACAAAACAGCACCUUUUCUUUUGAGUUCGGCUUCUACCAGGUAGCAGGCGACAGGCAGUCAUCAUCAGACUGGAAAUUCAUCUGCAACGACGACAGCGCUGUUCUCAACCCGUAUCCCGCACAACUAUGUGGUGACGGGAAGCUGAAGGUUGUCAGAGACAGGACUAAAUCCAUCCCAUUGUUCAGUGAUGAUACGGAGACCGUUAUCUACGACGUUUUCAGUAAUCCUGACAUCACUCAGUAUGACCAAAAGGAACCCUCGUGCGAGGAGGCCCAGUUCCAUCUGACCAAGACUUGCCCAGACGACGCGGCGAGGCAACUGGCUGUCAGCUACUGUUGGCCCAUAGUGGGCAGCCUUGGACACAGAAACUGCCUGUCGAAGUAUACCUACGAUAUUGCUGAAAUAUUUGCGGCAUGUGUGGAGUGGGCGUGUAGCGGUUUUCCAAAGCCCGGUGCUGACAAGGACAAGAACUGUAACGCCCUGGCGGAAGCCAUUGACGACUGCAGGCGGUUCCCGGGUCUGAAGGAGAAGAUCGACGAGAGCAAGUGCUACACCGGCCUCCGCUGGGUGCAGUCGGAACGCGAGGACGACUGUCCGAGUCUCUGAGUUAAAGGUCGUAUGUACCCCUACUCGACCUACCCUGGGUGACGACUGACGCCUGCGUACCGGCAAGAGCUCAGUUCCGAUCAAACAGCAUCCCGACUUCAGCAACUAUUCACUGCAUAUGGCGACUUGUUUAGAAACAUCAGACUGACCUCGCUUUACAUUGAAUCCUCCAUAAACUUCAGCUCCUGUAACAACCACGACUACAAUCACCCAAAACGCUCGUCCACAUACCCAGGCACGCACACACUUGAUAUGUUACUCUGUAACGUUCUGAAUUUUUAUUCUUUUUCCAAGAGACUUUAAAUUAGUGGUCUUGAUGUAUUCAUUGAAAAAAUGAAGAAGAAAUAAAACGUAAUGUGCAGUGAUAU